AGUCCGUCGCUCACUACGUAGACGCUAAUAUUUACUACGUGUGGUGCAUGGCCCUUAGCGCGUGAAGGAUUCUGCACUCCUUAUUAUUUUUGAAAGCUGCUAUUCUUGACUUACUUCUUCUUUUUCUGUUUCCCCUACUUAACGCAAUGAACUUUCUCAGCUCCGUGUAUAACGACCAAAGCUACCGCACGUACUUGGACACAGGUCCGAGGUUUUGUGUGGUAGCGGUUUCGGAGUCAAUGGAGGUUGCAGAGAAAAUAGCUCAAGUAAUUAUGCAAGUUUCCCCACGAGUCAACAUUGUCUGUACAGACAAAGUUGUGAAGACUGUGAACGAAACGAAGUUUCCGCACGCUGAUACGUUUCGCCUUUUGCGGAGCAACUGGUGUGUCAAGCAUCAAACAAGUGUGUUCAGCUGCGCGCUUUUGAUUUGCUUUGUUGAUAGACUUGAGAGCGGUGCAGACGCAUUUAAAAUUGCCAAGGAUCUUGUAUCACGCCUCGGUACACCGACUGAAACGCUUCGCCACUUCGUUAUUUUUGUGCCGUACUCUGAUUACGCCGGGAAUCCGAGAUCGGCGCUUUGUGACGAAAUUGAGAAGCAUCUCCGUGGCCUGGUUGGCAAUCGCUUUGUCGGUACGGCUCUUCAAACGGACCAGGACUCGGUUUGGCGAGGAAUUGCAGCACUGCAAAAAAUGGGCGCGGACGCGUGUGUUGCGUAUCACACGGAUGAGGUGCAGCGGCUUCGUGGCAGAAAGAACGCGGCCUCCCUCGAUCCGGAGCAGGAGCGGCUGGUUCCUCGCCUCCACUUUAAACUGGGAUGGCAUUACCUCGUUUUGCACGAUUUUUCCAAUGCAAGACGGCAGAUGCUGUCAGGAUUGCGCAAACUCAAAAGCAUGUUUCCUAUGUUUCCGUCCUUCCAGUUCCGCAUGUGUGGGUCCAUAUUUUUGUAUCACUUUUUGUCUUGUGUGUCCUCAUGUGGGGGUCACAUGAGCAGCUCGUCAGAAGUGUUCCAGGAGGUGCGCCGCUACGUCGAUUGGAUCGGUUCAGCAUAUGGCGGCAGCGUCUGCGAUGAGUGCCAAACCGUUACGUCCGUUCUCACGAAAUUGCUAGAGGCAGAGUGGCUGGAGUUUUUGGCACGCAAAACCGAAAACCUCGAUACGCGGAGCUGCUGUGACUACCUGAUGGCUGCAGCGCAGGCUUUGCAAGAGUGCAUGGCGUUCCUGCCGUCGCGCCAUGAUGGCGACACUGUCUGCGCGCCAUCACACAUUGGAGAAGAGGAACUGUUAGACGAGCACGCGGCGGAUCUGUGGAAGUGCUGCGACAAGGUUGCCGUUCGAAAGCGAAUCGUGCGCCUUCUCGGCGAAGCCAAGUCACAGACAUCGUGUCGAGAAACGGAGGUGAACUACCUCAACUUCCUCGCGAGCAACGAUGUACUUGAUGAAGCGCCUGAUAUGCAUCUUGUUGACGAGAUUGUCACGAAGGCCAGCUGUCCCAUCAUCUCGCGUCUGGCGGAAGUGGCGUGCGGGGCGUUGAAUAUGUGGAAGUCUAUCUCGCCGCCUCUGACCGCGGCACUGCUCCUCAACGGUUGCGUCGAUCCAGUCAAUUACGUGGAGCAAGAGAAGUUUCAACACCGCCUGCACGAACUGGAGGGGUGUCUAGGGAGCGACACCGUGUUACAGUACCCGAAAGGCCAGCUCUUGGCUCCUUUCACCGCGAUCGCCUAUUUUGAUGAGGAAAGGGAAAAAGUUGUCGGAGAGCGCGCUAGAGUGGUGGUAGUGCUCUUUUCCACUUCGACAAGAGUGGUGGAAAUUGAUAUGCACACACUGACAUUCAGCUCCUCCAGUGUCAAAGGGUCACCCGAAACGCACCUGCCGCUCACACCGGCGCGGCGCGUAAAGCUCAGCGCCGCAACACCGCAGCGAAUCCUCGUGGAAGUACCGCUGGCGCACGCGGGAAGAUUCUCAUGUAGCAGCGUGACGGCAGACGUGCGCAUUGCGGGCUUUACGGUGACCGUGCGGUGGCACUUUGAUGCCGCGCACUCGAUGACAGCACAUCCUAUUAGCAGCAAAACCAGAGAUGCGAUCUUGCCGCAGAGAUCGCGGACGGUACUGGAGGUGGCCAACCCCUCUACUGUCUUCAGAAUCGAGUGCCCCUCUCUCAUCCAGGCUGUGGAAGGGGAAUGCGCGGAGUGCGAGAUUCGGGUGUCCUGUGCGGUGUUGGAGGUGACCGGUGCCUUCAUGACGAUCCCGCACGAGCCAAAGCUCUUCCGUGUGGUAUGCUGGAACGGCUCAAACGAGACACUCCUCGCCACGAAUGAGGACGGUGAGAUCCACUUCGCCCUGCCGGACCUCUCUCCCAACUCGUCAGUUCGGCUGAUCAUGAGCGUCGGCUGCAUCCGGAGCUCCGAGUUCCGCCUUCCGGUAUCCUUCCGCUGCCUGACAGAGCGUUACGGAGAACUGCGCUGCUCGAAAUCUCUUCACAUCUCCGUUUACCCCCCGUUCAAUGUGGAGCACGCUUUCAUUGGCAGUAAUCUGUGGGGUGACGGCGAGGCAGCGCUGCAGUUACCCUCGGUGAGCCCGUCGUACGUGCAGUACGACAACAGCAUGCUCGUGAAGGCAUCUGACAUUUUUCGGUCGCCUUUGAUCACAAACUGGAAAGACGACUGCGCGCUCUACUUUUUCACAAAAGUGGCCACGGCCGAGCAGUUCGUGUUCACCGCACAGGACACGAUCACACUGAGCUGCACGUUCCGCUGCACCGCCAGCAAAGGACUCACCAUUGUGAAAGCAGACGUCAUUGGGGGCGAGGACGUGGAGUUGCUAUCGUGUUGCGGCUGCGACCAGAACUCAUUUCUGGAGGAAGGCGAGUGUGCAACGGUCGUGACGCGCUUCCGUGCACGGCGGUUGGGCCGUCUCACGCCCGGCUUCAUUCGGGUUUUCUUCUCCCCACAGCAUUCCUCUGCCCGGUUGUACUCUGAUGUGUACAUCCCAGCUGUACAAAUCGAAGACUCUGGGAUUAAGAUCUCGGUUCAUUACCCGCUCGUCACGUCGCGCGGCUCUGCGCUUCGGUUGGAGGUGACUGUCUACAACAACACCUCGUCCCCUUUCCUCGGAGAGCUGCUUCUGAACACGCAACAGGACGACUUCGCGUGCACAGCUGCGGCACGUCAAACGCUUCAGAUAGGCCCAGAGGGGCGGAGUGUUUCUCGUUACCUUUUGUCGCCGUUGCGUGUGGGGGAGUUGAUGGUGCCGGCAAUCAAAGUUCGAUCGGCAGCCACAUCACGCACCGUUGCAAAUGGCGAGGGUGGAUACGUCGUUCACGUACUUCCUGACGGGCAGGCGUCGCUGGUAGAGGACCCGAAGUAG